AGAAAAUCUCAGAUCAGUACAAAUAAUACAAAAGGAGCAUUAUAAAUUCCUGCACUUCAACACUCAGGGAAGCUGAAGCAGCCAUCCAUAAAGAUCUCCUUGUUUCUGGAAAUGGACGGCGGGGCGAAGUUCGUUUUCCAUCUGCUCGUGGUCUUUCUCGCAUUAUCUGAGCUUGUCCGGGUGGACGCCAGGCCGGUUACAAGAACUGGAAGCUUGAUGGUGCAUGAAUCUCGCGUUCCUCAGCACGUUUCAUCCGGAACCUCUUCGGUUACAUCAGAAAGAGCAAACUCGGGCACAGAGGCCAUCAGUGGAAGAAGAAAGGAUAUAGAGGUGAACGACUACCCAGGGUCAGGGGCAAACAACCGCCAUACACCCAGGCUGCAGUUCGGAAGAGGAUGCAUCAAUUGUUAAUCCUCGUACGAGUACUGCUACAAGCCUAGCUAUAUUACGCUGUGGAAAGCUGUUUUUUUUUUUUUGGCUCUUCGGUUUUUUCCCGGGGCAACAGGGGUUUUUCGAGUUGAAGUGAUGGGCCAUGUUAGAUAUUCUUAUGCAGUUAGAAUAAACAUACAAAGAUGGGUUUAGUGAUUAGUCUAGGAAUAUACUAUUGUUCAAUGUAAAACUCGUAAUGUUUAAGGAGGUGUUCUUAAUCGUUGCUACUACUUGUAAAAAUUCCGGAACUUCUUCUGGUGUUUGCACAAA